AUGCACGAGAAACGUGUGCCUGCUCCGCCAGAACUGCGGGCGUACCUAGAGGUUCCGGAACUGCAAUGGCGUGAGGGAGCAUUGACAUCCAAUUCAGCGUGCGCCUGUUUCUUCUGGACCAUUGAGGCACAGAUGCUGGAGAAUAGACCAGACCUUGGUCAGUAUCAAGACUUUACAAACUGCCCUGAUUACUACGGCCCGUUGUACCAGUUGUACCGGAAUUACAAAACUGAUCCGGCACUGGGACCCAACGUCAAAUGUUACGUGACACACAGUCUAGAACCCGCUGUGAACGGCAAAACAUCGUUCAAUACAAGCUACGUGCAGGAUGGCGUGCUGAAACAUCUGUUCGUCCCUGCUGAACUGAGGUCGACGGCCGGCUACACUGUUCCCAACGUCCUGUACGCGAUGCCACCUUGUCUUGGUUAUGGAUGCCAUUUUUUCGUGACCGAUCCAUAUAACGUGGACCGUGGCUGUGCAUACGCCUACGACUCAAAGUGCGGCCCUCAGAAGUACACGUACUACGAUCCGAGCGAAUGCGGUCUUUGA